AUGGUAGGGCCUUAUCGGCCUGCUUUCACCUACUCUUGCUCGCCUUUAUCCGCCCAAGUCACAACCAGGCAUUAUAUUCGUGGGUCAUACAACUGGACGCUCCGCCUUCACGUGCAGAAGAAAAUGCACACACAGAAGUUAUCAAGAAGAGCUUUGCAACUUCACCCAGAUAAGAACAACCAUCCUAAAGCUGACAUUGCCUUCAAGCUUGUCUUGGAGCAUCCUAAGAGUUCUUGCUUGCAGGCGUAUUCAUGUCUCUCAGAUAAUAUAAAGAGAAGAGCCUUCAACUUGGAGAGGGGCAAAAACUUCUGCAUUAACUGCAACAGAAUUCCAUAUUCAUUUUCCGACAAUUUGAGCAAAUCAUAUGCAUCACAAGUAGUUGAGGAACCAUCGAAAUCUGCAAAUCGAACAAGAUUGCUUCGAAAUCGCAUAAAAGAAAUGAAACAAAGAUUCAAAGAGGAGAUCAAGGUGAUGGAGAAUUGUUUGAGGGCUAAUAGCUCGUCAAGAAAAGAAGCACCCCUUUUCGAACCAUCAGACAAUUACCUAUUCCAAAGCAACACUCGUUGUGUGACACAAAAGGAGUCCCCAGUUUUUGAUCCAUCAAACCAUCUAUUCAAAGGCUAUCCUCACAUCAGGAAUCGGAUUUACAGGAAACCUGAGAACUUUUCAGACCUGCAGAGGGAAGAUAUAUUGAACAAGUACGGUGGCCAAGGAUCAAGAAGAUCAUAUCAUGACUUCCCAGUCUUUGAGUUGAGAUCAGAUAGAGGAAUGCUCAAGGAAUCUGCUGCUUGUGUUUAUUCAUAA